GAGUGGUCGAGGAAUCCCCAAUAGUUACUGUACCCUAGUAGACACUGUCUUAUCUUCUUCUGGAUAGUGGCUAUAGAUAGCCAGAGCCAAAUAAAAAUUGCAGCUCUCACUUCAAAACUCAGCACGGACCCAUCAACUCAACAAUGACUACAUGUAGCAGCACAUCAUACUCCCUCAUGUUCACGUACGCCGCCUCUUCGGUACACCCCCAAGACUUGACGCCCUCGCUUUCUCUCCUUUCUUUCAAGCCCAAGACCACUUCUUUAUCCUGUUACAGCAAGCCUCUGGUGUUGAGCUGUAGAGGGGAGAGGAAGGCGAGCCAAUGGAUUGAUUUUGGUGCGUUGAAAGAAAUUAAAAAUGGGGCUUUUAAUGGCCACAUGGUUGUUGUGGCCGCUGUAGCUGCCGAGGCUGAGGUGGCCACCGAUGACUUGGAGGGGACUGAAGGAGGUGGUGCUGAUGUGGCUACUGCUACUGCUACUACAACUCCAACGAAGCCUAAGAAGGGCAAGGCUGUGUUGCCUCUCAAGAGAGACAGGUUAAAUGGAUUUGUCAGGUAUGUUUCCUUAACAUCAAUGGGCUCUUCCAAGUGUCAGACAAGGUCUAAAAGGUUCUUGGAAAUUCAAAAAUUGAGAGAAAUAAAAAAAGAGUAUGACUUGAAGACAGCAAUAUCUUUAAUCAAGCAAAUGUCAAGUACUAAGUUUACAGAAACAGCCGAAGCCCACUUUCGCCUCAAUAUCGACCCCAAAUAUAAUGAUCAACAGCUGAGAGCAACAGUGAAUUUGCCAAAGGGAACUGGACAAACUGUUAAAGUGGCUGUUCUUACUCAAGGUGAAAAGGUCGACGAGGCAAAAAAUGCUGGAGCAGACUUGGUUGGUGGUGAAGACUUGAUUGAACAAAUAAAAGGAGGAUUCAUGGAGUUUGACAAGUUAAUUGCUUCUCCCGAUAUGAUGGUUAAGGUUGCCAGCCUAGGAAAGAUUCUUGGACCGCGGGGACUCAUGCCAAAUCCAAAAGCUGGUACUGUUUCAGCUAAUAUACCUCAGGCUAUAGAAGAAUUCAAGAAAGGGAAAGUUGAAUAUAGAGCAGAUAAAACUGGGAUAGUUCACAUACCUUUUGGAAAACUCGAUUUUUCAGAAGAAGACCUCCUUAUUAACUUCCUGGCUGCCGUUAAAUCAAUUGAAACAAACAAGCCGAAAGGCGCAAAGGGAGUAUACUGGAAAAGUGCCCAUAUUUGUUCAUCAAUGGGACCUUCCAUUCGGUUAAACAUAAAGGAGAUGCUUGAUUACAAGCCUCCGUCAAAUGCUUGAAGGAUGAAACUGACAAUUGUAUAUGAUGUGUUCAACUGUUUGAUCAGUGUCUACGGUAUCACUGCCAGUGCUCAUGAUGAUUGGUAAAAUGAUAGGAGUACACAGUGUAGUGAGGAGGCCCUGAUUGUUACAUUUUGAAUGAAAUAUUGGCAAAACACAUGCAUACGGCAUUGUUUUUCUCUA